AUGACGCGAUGGCCUGCGCUGUUGCUACUCGACCUGGUCGCGUUCGCCAGCUCUGGGGUGGUGAUGGCGGCUGCUCUCCCCACCCCAAACUUGGUGUGGAACGUGUCAGUCCCAGUCGACUCUGCGACAUGGCAGUUCCAUACACCCGACGCAGCUGGGCUGUCUUCGAGCUGGUCAUGGAUUCAGAGUUACAGUGAAUCGGCAGUCGCCACCACCUCUGUUAGGGGCGAUAUCGGUUUGGGUACACCACUGUGGUAUCUAAACACAACCAUAGUGGACAACCCCAGCCCAGCACUCGGAUCAGCGCUGGUGAUGAUGUACGGCAAUGGCGUCUGGUUUUACGGCUCUCUAUCACGCGGCAAUCACACCGACCCGAACGCUGUCGCUGUCGGCGGGGACAGCUCGCUGGCCGUUGGUACAGGUACUGCCAAUGCUGUAGAAGACUCAAACGGGCCACUCCUGGGCGGCUGGACCAUUCCAACAUGGGGUCUAAGGUCGUGGACGAUUGGAAUCGCCCCCAGCUCGAGGUAUCGUGGAGACAUCGAUCUCGCCGUCUCGUACGCGGACAUUCAAACAGGAAUGACUCUUACUGUCGACAACCCGACAUGGGAUAACGUUAACAUCACCGACAUCCCUGCCGUCCUGAACGGUGCUGCCAACCCAUUUUUCAACUGCUCCAGCGAGUUUUCAGUCAUGACCAUUGGUCCCUCUGAUGGCACGAAUGUUCCGUACGACGCGCUCACCGCAAACGCAGCCACCAACGAGGGUGCCAACGCCCAAUGCGUGUUCACAUUGCCGGCCAACUCGUCCUAUGUCUUCUUCAACGGCACACUCGGUCAUCUCUAUAGCGUCGGGGCCUUGAUCGACAUCACUCCACGAGCCUCGUUUCCAAAGGUGUGGCCAGUCUGGGCUACAUCUGCCUAUGUCAAGCCCAAUGGCCUGAUGUACGCCACUCCGCUGGACCCGAGUGUGCAGUACACCGUCAAGUUCAACGCCACCACCGACAUGGCGCACAAUACCAACAUUGGUUUAUCGGGUAUCACGCUGUACUCUACACAGGGUGAGGGCAAUCCGGACCCUGUGAACAGCACAGCGGUGCCCAGUGGGGCCGCCGCCACUACAAUUGCCAGUGCCACGGUCGUGGAAGGUGGAGCCACCGUCGUUGAGGGCGGUUCCACAACCAUGGAGGACGCCACCGAGACUGGUGUUGGUGCCACUACGUCGCACAAGUCGUUACCUCCCACGACUACAGUGGCUGGUGGAGUGAUCGGCGGUGUCCUCGGCGCCGCGCUGAUCUGUCUCGUCCUCUGGCUCCUUUUCCGCCGUCACCGCCGCAACUCAAACGCGUCCUCCGAUUUCAAGCCCCCGUCGGAACAUGACAGUCAGACGGCUCUGAUGGGCUCGUCCCACAACCUCAUUGCCUCUGCGGCCCCGGAACCACGUUCUGCGUAUCCUCCCAGAGACUUGCAAGUCUCCUACGCGCCGUCCUCACCAGCCAGCGAGAAGAGCGAGCAUGACACCGAUAUGGCCGCUGUGGGCUCAGUAGGGUCCGCCUCUCGACAGGCAUGGGCGGUCGGGAGGAGUGCGAGCGCACGGUCAUCAGUCGGCCCGUCCGUAGCUCCGAGUGGCCGCAACCGUCGAGAGAUCAUUGCCGAGAGUGACGCUGGCGCACUCGAACCGCUUGACGGCGAUGAAGUCGACCGCCUCCCACCGCAGUACGACCCCGACUGGCUGGACGGCGCCGCCGCGUCGCGACCAGUCGACUUCAGCGCACCCCGCCAGCAUGUGUUCGUCCCGGGUGAUUCCAUUCCCUCACCAAUCUGCUCCGAGUCCACCUUCCGAACGGAGGGGGGCACAGAGUGGACACGGGGCAUGCAGUGGCUCCCGCUCCCCGUCCCCGACCACCUUCCGACCUUUGCGUCCGGUCUGUCCCCCGGCUCGGCGCAGAUGGCCCACCCGAGCCCGACACAUGCCAGGCCGUUUGACUCACGGAAGCACCUGGUACGGCCGCCAGGGAGUUCUUCGCCAAACGAUAUGGCUGCGACUGAGGCGGCGAGGCAGCAGCGGGGGUCCACGGAGAAGAGCGCUUUGGCCCAACAACUGGCGUACUCGUGGGGCGAUAGUUGA